AUGCCAACUCAGUAUUGGCAUGAGCAGUACCCCAAGUGGCCGUCCAUCGCAGCGGUGGGUGGCCAGAAUUUGGCCGAAGAGUCUCCGGUGAAAUAUCCCAUCGAGAUGUCCCCCAUCCCGCAGCAGUCGGACAGCUGCAAUUAUUCCUGCUCCUCGUGGCGGGGCUACCGGACCAACGAGAUGAACUUCCGCGUGAGCUUGACCUUGAACGAUUCCAUCCUGGCCAAAGGCUAUGUUCACACGGUGUACCCAGUGUUGCUGGCCUCGGCAGACUUCAAUGAUUGGUGGGUUGUGGCUGAUCGAAGACACUCCUAUCCCCAACCUUUCUGGAGGGCCAGGACAGCUGCUGCUGGACAUGCCUACACCUACACGACUGAUACUUGCAACGUGCCACCAGACAGUCAGGAUUCAAUCAGUCAGACCACCUCCGGGCAGUACGUGCUCGCCUGCGUGGUGUGGAAGCCGUCCAGCUUCGCAGCCCUGGAGGCCAUGACCUCGGUGGAGGAUUCGGACAUUGGCACACACUGCCACAGCGCAGGUGGUGUGUGUGGCUGGACCUGCGACUCGGUCAUCAACAGCGACUUGCUGGAGGGAUGCACCGCGGACAGCACCAUUGAGAUGACGCAGAGCUCCAUCGCAGGGCGGGAGAUCCCAAGUGCCAACUUCCAGGGGAAGAUCGAGAUGAGGGAGUGCAUGAAUGGUGGAGUGAAUGGCGUUUGCGACACCGGCACCGAGAAGUUCAAGCAAUGGAAUUGCCACAAGUGUUUGUACGACCCUCGAACUGAAGAUGACAUGAGGCGGCGCUUGCAGAUCAUCCCCGGCAUCGGCGGUUUGCCUGCCGGACUGCCGGGCUUGGACACGGACCCGGAUACGCCCGCCACGCCUGGAAUUCCAGGAGUCCCAGGCAUUGACCUGCCAGGCGUUGGUGGGGGCUCCAGCUCGGAAGGAAAGGGCCCCAUGAUCUACACCUCCCUUCCGCGGUUCCAUGUCACAGUCAGCGGUUCAACGGCACCGAAUGGCAUUGAUGUCUUCAACCAGCCGCGGGUCUUCGUGUUGCAGUCCUCCAGGUCCAGCCAAGGAAAGUGGAGGAAACUCUACAAGCACAACUACGGCAUGACAUCUCCACCAGAGGCUGUGGGCAAGGACAACAAGCCGCUGGUCAAGGAGGACCCCGAUUCCUAUGACGAGGAAAUGGUGCCCGUCCAAGAUCCAGUGAGUGCCCAUGCCAUGAAUUUGAACCAGCAGAAUCGCUUGGACAUUGACCCCGGCUGGUGCUACGGACGUCAGGGACCCUUGUACUUGGUGGCGUGCGCGGUGAACAGCACGCUCUACGAGGGAACCUUCACCCGAUUCAAGGCAGGACAACAAGCCGCGCCCCCGCCCUUCAAUGACCGUUGUGUGGCCGUGAGUGGGCGCUGCGCCUAUGCGUGCCAGUCCGAGCAGAGGCCCUUGGCCAACUGUACCGCUGAUGGCUACAUCAACCAGACUGCCUUGGUUGGAUAUGUUGGCUAUGAGAAGAACCAAACGGCGCCUGUGUGGCUCUUUUGCUAUGUCUUGUUGAUCGGCUUCGGCGUCAAAGCAGUCAUGCUUUGCCCAGGUGUUUUCUCUCCAUAUCCCCACUUCCGGAGGUAUGACCCCGAGCUCACCGCAAACCUGCGCUACAUCACCGUAUGUAUUCCCAGUGCCGGAGAGAACAAGUGCGUGGUGCUGAGAAAUGUCAUUGGUGCAAUUGGUUGCAUGCCCAAAGACUGCCGUUGCCGCUACCACGUAACCUUUGUUGACGAGGGCCACCGAUAUGAGCAGAAGGUCAUGUUCAUGAAGCUUGCAGCUGUUAUUGACCGCAUCCCGAACUUCGGUGGCGUCAGCUAUGAGGAGAACGUGAGCAGGUUCUUCCAGACAUGGGUGGAAGAGACCAAGAAGUUGGACUUGGCCAAGGUGAAGGAUGGAGCAAAGGGAGAAGAUGUAGAGCCACAGUACAUGGUGCGCAUGUGUGGGAAGAGUUCCCUCAAGAAACUCCGCACCGAGGGCGGUUGGGGAACCAUGGCUCCGCAGGCGUUGGAACCCUUGGAGCAGGCACUGAAUGGUUUGGAGGAAGAUCUCAAGAGCAAGAAGGAGGAGAAGAAGGACAUGCACCGUGAUGAUGUCGCAGACUGGGAGCCCAAGGACCGCAAUAGCUUGGCGCUUCGAAUGCACUACCUCGCGCGUGCCAAGCCCAUUGAAGAUGAGCGUACCAUCAAGGCUCAGCAUGUGGCGCCAGGAACAUGGUACUACAAGGUCCCAGUGAAUGCGGAGAACAAGGACUGGCUCAAACUUCGUGCUAAUGCCAGGGAGAUGGUGUAUGGUUUGGAGGACGAUGAUGCUUUCAUGAACAACGUCCCUCUACGAACAAGCCGUGGAAAAGCAGGCGGCUUGAAUUUCUCAGAGAACUACUUGUGCCUCUACGCAGACAGGCCAGAGAACAUGUACAAUGAUGAGCGAGACAACUACCCAUGCCUCUACAGCAUUUGCGAUGCUCGUCAUCAGUUCCAGACAGAUUUCUUUCACACCACCAUCCCGUACUUCUUUGACGAUGACAUGGAGCUGAACCCCUACGUUGGCUUCACCCAGUGCCCGCAGUUCUUCCACGAGAUGCAGGACAAGUUGGAUUACUUGGACAACAACAAUGCUCAGUUCUUCCGCUUGAAUUGUAUGAUUCGAAAUUGCUGCGGUGGUGUAAGCUCUUGCGGAACCAAUGGUACUUGGAUGAUUAGGCAUCCUCCAGGAGAUUUGGUGUGGGAGAAAGAAAGGAGGCGAGUGCGAGAUGCGGAAAGCAAGCGAAAGAGCCAGGAGUAUGUGGAGCGAAGAACCUUCCACGAAAGUUGCAAAGUCGAAGACACAGCCAGUAGUCUUCAGCAAGUGCUGCGGGGUCGUCGCUCCCAGUUCAUCAAUCGUCGCUUGUCCUUUGGCAUGGCCAAGAACCCGGUAGACUACCUGGCGGCCGUGCAGCGUUGGGCCGAAGGAGGCGUGGUCUUGUCUCUCCAGACAUUCUUCAGCUGCCACAAAGGUGUCUACAUGGUGUGGUUCACGCUGAUCUUCUUCUUCUGCUUUUUGGCAUCGCUCUUCCGCAUGGUGGGCAAGACGGACUCCACUUGGGCGAUCGUCCGAUGGGGUUUGGUGGAUCAGGACAGAUGUUUGGAACAGGAAUGGUAUGACCAGGCCAUCAGCCCGGUACUGGACAGCAUGAAACACUUGGCGUUCCUUGGACGUCUUCGCACGCCCGGAGUUCGGAACGCCCGGCUGGUUCGGAACGCGUUGGUGGCUCGAAGCGAAUAUUUCAAGCAAAAUCCGGAGCUGCUGGAGACCUACCUCACCAUGACCCUCCAGUUCAUCAGCUGGGUUUUGACCUUGGACCCUCAGAACCUGGAGACUCCAGCAACAGCUGAGCGGAUCAACAGAGAAAUGGUCUUCUUCCUCUUGCUGGUCUUCCUCUUCACUGAGCUUCUGAAGUUAGUCCAGAGGACUUGCGGCCUCCGGCUUCCAGUGAUUUGGCCAGAUGAGAUGCGAUGGUGGGGACGGCUCCUGAUCUCCAUGGAUAACUUGACCUACUUCUUGUGGUUUUGGACGGCCUUCUUCUGGACGCUUGGUGGAACAAGAGGGCUUCACGAGAUUGGUUUCAACUACUACAGCAUCUUCGCGAAGCGCACGUACCACUUCUCAUCCACGGGCAUGUUUUCCUUCAUGCUGAUCGUGCAGAUUUUGAGUUGGGGCAUGAUCAUUGCAUCGUCUUUGCGCUACACGCUCUCUACCAGUAUGGAAGCCAACGAAGUGAUUGGGCUGUCCAUGGACAACAUUUGGCGAUCCACCCAGCUCUUCUACAUCUCCGCACCUUUGCUGCUGUAUUCCAUCAUCAAGGGCAUUCAGGAUUACAUGAGAUACCAACUUUACGGUGAAGACAUCAGCUAUUGGGUUGGUGGUGACCGUGGUGUGAUGUCUAAGAACUUGGUGAAGUAUUGGACGUUGCUCCUGAUUUUGGGCGCUAUCGGUGCAUGGAUUUACUACCUCAUUGAGGGCCGGAAGCACAUGGGUGUGCUGUCAGCGGUGAUCAUUGUAUCUUUGAUUGCUCUUGAUGUGCUUCACCCUUGCACCUACCUGUGGGUGGAAAAGACCAAGUUGAAGCCAGCACAAGCGGCCAAGCUUACUUGGAGUCAAGCCUUGGUGACUCGUGGAUGGUGGGAGUUGAUGAUCAGCAACUUGAUCCUGAAUGAGACUGUGACAGGUCUCAUGAAGUGGCUUGGGCCAGCGUGGUUUGUCCUCAUGCCCUUCUUGACCCUCUUCAUGCCCUACAUCGGUGUGAACCAGGCUGGUGCCAUUUUGAUGCUUCCCUCCAUCACCACGGUGACCUUCUACGAGGGCGAACCUCGAAACGAGAUUCUGAGAGACAUGACCAAGGAGCUUGUGCUGGCGAACCCAUGGCUGGCAGGUGAAUUGUGUCGCGAUCCAGCAGGAGCAGCAUGCCUGAAGCUGCCCGUCUCGAUUGAGCUGACGCGACAUUAUAAAGAGACCACUCGUGAAGAGCUGAGGAUGGACAUGCCCUUGAUGAAAAUGCGGAAGGCCUUGAAGGAUGUCACGGUGAAGCCUGGUAUCGAUUGCUUCGAGUCCUCCAAGCCUCUCUUCUUCGUUUCACUACUUCGCUGCGGUGUUUCCUCCUUUGCCUUGGUCGUGUCCAUGAGCCAUGUCCUGGGCGACGGCUUCACUUUCUAUCGACUCUAUGGUGCCUUGGAUCAGGGUUUGGCCACUGUGGCUGGCGUUCAGUAUGCUGCGGGCGAGGGGCCCGCCCGCGCCCGCUUGAAUCCCAGGAGGAACUUGAGCUUCCCUUCCGUGAUGUCCAGUUUACUAGGAGCGCAGAAAGUGAGCUGGCCCUCUUCGCGGUGGGCUCAUUGGGGUGCUCGGCUCGAUGGAGCCAUAAGACCCAGGCAUCGUUGGCGUGCCUGGUAUGUGGAUAUGGCUUGGCUGGCUGAGGAGAAGCGCUUGAAUACUGAUGAUCACGGCUAUGUCUCAAGCAAUGAUGUGCUCACAUCUUGGUUUCUCACUAGGGGUCGCUUUGACUAUGGCAUCAUGUCCGUGAAUUUUCGUGGACGCGCCUGCCAACUCGAUGGGACCAAUGCCGGAAACUACAAGGGAGGCCUCGCCUUUUGGCCGGAGGAGUUUUCGUCUCCACGGAGCAUCCGGCAGGCCAUUCAAAAUCGCUUCCGCACCGAGCGUGAGGAUGUGCCGGGAUUCCUUCGAAGCGUGCUGGGUCGCGUGGGUGUCUCCACCAAUUGGGCAUCCGUUGGUCGGGAACUACACUUGGAAAACUGUCGUCAACUCUUGCACCUCCCAGUGCUGGGGGACGUUCAGGUGCAUGGCGCCAUGAUCAUUUUUCAACCUUUGCCGAAUCAACUGGGCAUUGUGCUGGGUGAGCGGAAGCGAAGCGUGCGCUCGACGGACCCCGAAGAAGGCUCCACCGAAGAAUCCGAUGAUGAGACCAUCGACCACACCUUGGUGAACUUGAAGCAGCCACGCGGGUGCCGCCCACCCUUGACGGCGGCAUGUUGUUGCCACGUGUGCUAUGUUUGCCAGUUCUUGAUUUUCAUGGUGGUGUUUCCUUUGUGGACGAAGUGGUUGGUGACGAAUCCAAUGCCUACGCAGUAUUGGCAUGAGCAAUAUCCCAAGUGGCCGUCGAUCGCAGCGGUGGGAGGGCAAAAGCUGGCCGAGCAGAGCCCAGUGCAGUACCCGAUUGAGAUGUCUCCUAUCCCGCAGCAGUCGGACAGCUGCAAUUAUUCCUGCUCCUCGUGGCGGGGCUACCGGACCAACGAGAUGAACUUCCGCGUGAGCUUGACCUUGAACGACUCCAUCUUGGCCAAAGGCUAUGUUCACACCGUUUACCCGGUGCUCCUGGCAUCCGCCGACUUCAAUGACUGGUGGGUGGUGGCUGAUCGCCGCUUCGCCUACCCACAGCCCUUUUGGAGAGCAAGGACCGCGGAGGCCGGCCACGCGUACACGUAUACCUCGGACACCUGCAUCGUCCCACCUUCAAGCCCGGAUUCCAUCAGUGAGACCACCUCGGGGCAGUACGUCUUGGCCUGUGUGGUUUGGAGCCCCACGAGUUUCGCCACGCUGGAGGCCAUGACGGAGCGCCUUGGAGAAGACAGUGCCCGUGCUUCACCGCGCGCAGGUGGUGUCUGUGGCUGGACAUGCGACUCGGUCAUCAACAGCGACUUGCUGGAAGGAUGCACCGCGGACAGCACCAUUGAGAUGACAUCGUCCUCGGUGGCCGGGCGGGAGAUUCCAACCGCCAACUUCAAAGGCUCCAUCGAAAUGAGGGAGUGUUUGAAUGGUGGCUUGAAUGGGGUGUGUGACACGGCCACUGAGAAGUUCAAGCAGUGGACUUGCCACAAGUGCCUCUACGAUCCCCGAACAGAAGAUGACAUGAGGAGGAGAUUGCAGAUCAUCCCAGGCAUCGGUGGCUUGCCAGCGGGCCUACCUGGCUUGGACACUGACCCCGAUACACCAGCUACUCCUGGCGUGCCUGGCUUGCCUGGUAUUCCUGGCCUUGGUGAUGAAACAAGUUCUGGCGAAGGAAAGGGACCCAUGAUCUACACCUCCCUUCCACGCUUCCAUGUGACCGUCAGUGGCGCAACGGCACCCUCUGGCACUGAUGUCUUCAGUCAGCCUCGGGUCUUCAUUUUGCAGUCUUCGCGGUCCAACAAAGGAAAGUGGAAGAAACUCUAUAAGCACAACUAUGGUAUGACAUCUCCACCAGAGGCUGUGGGUAAGGACAACAAGCCGCUAAUCAAGCAGGAUCCCGAUUCCUAUGAUGAAGAGAUGCCACCAGUGCAAGAUCCCGUGAGUGCUCAUGCGAUGAAUUUGAACCAACAAAAUCGUUUGGAACUGGAUCCCACCUGGUGCUAUGGCCGACAGGGGCCCCUUUACUUGGUGGCCUGUGCAGUGAAUAGCACUUUGUAUGAAGGUAGCUUCUCCAGGUUCAAAGCAGGACAGCAGGCUGCACCACCACCAUUCAAUGAUCGAUGUGUGGCAGUCUCUGGGCGUUGUGCUUAUGCGUGCCAGUCUGAGCAACGACCGUUGGCCAAUUGUACCGAGGAUGGCUACAUCAACCAGACUGCCUUGGUUGGAUAUGUUGGCUAUGAGAAGAACCAGACAGCACCUGUGUGGCUCUUUUGCUAUGUCUUGUUGAUCGGCUUCGGCGUCAAAGCAGUCAUGCUUUGCCCAGGUGUUUUCUCUCCAUAUCCCCACUUCCGGAGGUAUGACCCCGAGCUCACCGCAAACCUGCGCUACAUCACCGUAUGUAUUCCCAGUGCCGGAGAGAACAAGUGCGUGGUGCUGAGAAAUGUCAUUGGUGCAAUUGGCUGCAUGCCCAAAGACUGCCGUUGCCGAUACCAUGUUACCUUUGUCGACGAGGGUCACCGAAAUGAGCAGAAGGUCAUGUUCAUGAAGCUUGCAGCUGUGAUUGACCGCAUCCCGAACUUCGGUGGCGUCAGCUAUGAGGAGAACGUGAGCAGGUUCUUCCAGACAUGGGUGGAAGAGACCAAGAAGAUGGACUUGGCCAAGGUGAAGGAUGGAGCUAAGGGAGAAGAUGUAGAGCCACAAUACAUGGUGCGCAUGUGUGGUAAGAGCUCUUUGAAGAAGUUGCGUUCAGAAGGCGGUUGGGGCUCCAUGCCCCCCUCUGCGCUGGAGCCUUUGGAUCAGGCGCUGAAUGUCUUGGAGGAAGAUCUGAAGAGCAAGAAGGAAGAGAAGAAGGACAUGCACCGUGAUGAUGUCGCGGACUGGGAGCCCAAGGACCGCAAUAGCUUGGCGCUGCGAAUGCACUACCUCGCGCGUGCCAAGCCCAUUGAAGAUGAGCGUACCAUCAAGGCUCAACAUGUUGCGCCCGGAACAUGGUACUACAAGGUCCCAGUGAAUGCAGAGAACAAGGACUGGCUCAAACUUCGGGCCAAUGCCAAGGAGAUGGUGUAUGGUUUGGAGGACGAUGAUGCUUUCAUGAACAACGUCCCUCUACGAACAAGCCGUGGAAAAGCAGGAGGCUUGAACUUCUCAGAGAACUACUUGUGCCUCUAUGCAGACAGGCCAGAGAACGUGUACAAUGAUGAGCGAGACAAUUACCCAUGCCUCUACAGCAUUUGCGAUGCUCGUCAUCAGUUCCAGACAGAUUUCUUUCACACCACCAUCCCGUACUUCUUUGACGAUGAUAUGGAGCUGAACCCCUACGUUGGCUUCACCCAGUGCCCGCAGUUCUUCCACGAGAUGCAGGACAAGUUGGAUUACUUGGACAACAACAACGCUCAGUUCUUCCGCUUGAAUUGUAUGAUUCGAAAUUGCUGCGGUGGUGUAAGCUCUUGCGGAACCAAUGGUACUUGGAUGAUUAGGCAUCCUCCAGGAGAUUUGGUGUGGGAGAAGGAGAAGAGGCGUGUGCGAGAUGUGGAGAGCAAGCGAAAGAGCCAGGAGUAUGUGGAGCGAAGAACCUUCCACGAAAGUUGCAAAGUCGAAGACACAGCCAGUAGUCUUCAGCAAGUGCUGCGGGGUCGUCGCUCCCAGUUCAUCAAUCGUCGCUUGUCCUUUGGCAUGGCCAAGAACCCGGUAGACUACUUGGCGGCCGUGCAGCGUUGGGCCGAAGGAGGCGUGGUCUUGUCUCUCCAGACAUUCUUCAGCUGCCACAAAGGUGUCUACAUGGUGUGGUUCACGCUGAUCUUCUUCUUCUGCUUUUUGGCAUCGCUCUUCUGCAUGGUGGGCAAGACGGACUCCACUUGGGCGAUCGUCCGAUGGGGUUUGGUGGAUCAGGAGACCUACAACCAGGCCAUCAACCCCUUGGUGGAAAAGUUGAAGACCCUUGCGCUCGUGGCCCGAAGUGAGUACUUCAAGCAGAAUCCAGACUUGUUGGAGACCUAUCUCACCAUGACCCUGCAAUUCAUCAGCUGGGUUCUGACUUUGGUCUUCUUCCUCUUGCUGGUUUUCCUCUUCACUGAGCUUCUGAAACUCAUCCAGAGGGUUUGCGGCCUCCGGCUUCCAGUGAUUUGGCCAGAUGAGAUGCGAUGGUGGGGACGGCUCCUGAUCUCCAUGGAUAACUUGACCUACUUCUUGUGGUUUUGGACGGCCUUCUUCUGGAUUGGUUUCAACUACUACAGCAUCUUCGCGAAGCGCACGUACCACUUCUCAUCCACGGGCAUGUUUUCCUUCAUGCUGAUCGUGCAGAUUUUGAGUUGGGGCAUGAUCAUUGCAUCGUCUUUGCGGUACACGCUCUCUACCAGUAUGGAAGCCAACGAAGUGAUUGGGCUGUCCAUGGACAACAUUUGGCGAUCCACCCAGCUCUUCUACAUCUCCGCACCUUUGCUGCUCUAUUCCAUCAUCAAGGGCAUUCAGGAUUACAUGAGAUACCAACUUUACGGUGAAGACAUCAGCUAUUGGGUUGGUGGUGACCGUGGUGUGAUGUCUAAGAACUUGGUGAAGUAUUGGACCUUGCUCCUGAUUUUGGGCGCUAUCGGUGCAUGGAUUUACUACCUCAUUGAGGGCCGGAAGCACAUGGGUGUGCUGUCAGCGGUGAUCAUUGUAUCUUUGAUUGCUCUUGAUGUGCUUCACCCUUGCACCUACCUGUGGGUGGAAAAGACCAAGUUGAAGCCAGCACAAGCGGCCAAGCUUACUUGGAGUCAAGCCUUGGUGACUCGUGGAUGGUGGGAGUUGAUGAUCAGCAACUUGAUCCUGAAUGAGACUGUGACAGGUCUCAUGAAGUGGCUUGGGCCAGCGUGGUUUGUCCUCAUGCCCUUCUUGACCCUCUUCAUGCCCUACAUCGGUGUGAACCAGGCCUUCAUGAUGAUCGGAUCAACGACCAACCGCUGA